UCGUAUCGGAGAUCAGCCAAUAGGAAAAGGCGUAUGUAUGUUAAGGAAAUAUGGCGGAUGCGCGUUGGUAAAGUUAGCGACCAAUCAGUUUACGAAGAUGGAACGAUAGCUCAGGAAACGAUUGGAAAUGGUGUGCGGUAGCGCUUGGAUUAUAAGAAAACUGUACGGUAGCACGGUUUGCGGAUGGAUGUAAGCGCGAGUUUCGUUCUGUCAUGGAUAUUAUCGAACGGUGUGUCAUAGCUUUGUCCGAGCAUCGUCGUCGUGCUCGUCUUCGUGCUCAAUUUUGUGUUAAUCGUCGUCGACGUCGCCGGCGUCGUCGUCGUACUUAUUGCUAGAUUCUUACAAAGUAGCAGCGCCACUGGGCUCUGAAAGAAUCGCAAAGGGGCGUAUUUAUGCGUCUUUUGCAUGUAAUUCUCCAUUCCAAUUUUGUACUUGCACCUUUUGUUUUUCUCUGGUGCCUCGAGUGAGAAACACACUGCAAGAACGUGGGAGAGGGGGAGAAAGAGAGAGCGUUUAAGUGGGAAAGAGAGAGGGGAGGCUUCCCCGUGAUUUCAUUCUAUCGUCCACGUGCUUUCGCGGCUUAUUGUUAGACCGGAGAUUCUCAAGUGACGGGUGCGGCGGUGAAAGAGUGAAAAGGGCAGGAGAGGGGGUUUGGUUUGAUCUCUCUCUCCCUCUCCCACUCCCACUCCCACUCUCUUUCUCUUUCUUUCUAUGCCGGAAGGUAAGAAAGAGUGGGGGAUAGAGUCAGUACCGCGUCGACCUUAGAGGAGUCUAGCGCUCGUUUCGUUGCAUCGCGUUUAGUGCGUGUUCGUCAGUGCGCGAGUCAAUGACGACCUCGUGAACGCGCGAGAACGCGCGUGCUCGUGCGACGAUGCGCGUUUCCCGCGACGUCGAGAAAGAGAGAGAAGAAAGCAGAGAAGAUUAAGAAUAAGAAGAGGAAAAGAGAGAAAGAUAGAGAGAGAGAAGAAUAAAGAAAGAAUCCAACACAACUACGAAUCAUCGUCGAAUCGUUCGAUCACACAGCUGAGAGUUUACUACGUGAUCAAAUACACGCGCGUGCGCGUGUCAGAAGAAAACGUGCAUUUCGUCUGCUCUUACCUUUAUCUCGAGAAUAUCAACAUAUCUCUUGUUUUGAAAGGUGUUUAUUUUCGAAGCGAGACACAGUGGUUGGGAUUUCAAGAAGCGCCAAAGUGAUUAGAAACGUAAGUUCGGCGGUGAUACUCUCGGGUGAAGGGUAGGGAGGGAGGGGGGAGGAGGAGGAGGGAAGAAACGUGAAUUUGUCGCUGUUAAGACGAUCACUGGAAGGAUAGUAUAACAGAGGUGAUAAAUCGAAGAAAAUAAUAAGUGAAAGAAACUUUGAAAAGAGAAGGGAGUCGAUGGAAUAAUGUCGUCGUGGUUAUUGUUACCGUUAUUAGUGUUGCUGUUUAUAUCGGCCGAUAAUAAUCGUCGUCUUCGUCGAUAAUCUUUGACUCGCGUGAGUGUAUCGCGAUGUCGAGCGGCACGGGGGCCGUCGUGCGUCCUACCGGCGCCGAGUGCAGGAAGUUCGCACCAAACAUAUUCAACAAGAGCAAGUGCAGCAGCUGCUUCAAACAGAAAGAGGAGCACAGUGCGGAGGCUCUGGAAUGCAAUAGGGCUACAAGAAAGAUUUCAAAAUGUGGAUAUCUGUUCGUCGCACCUGACUGGGAUUUUUCGAAUCCUCUGAAUCGGACAAAGAGAUGGCAAAGAAGAUGGUUCGUUCUUUACGACGACGGAGAGUUGACUUAUUCGGUCGACGAGCACCCAGAAACUGUGCCACAAGCGCGAAUCGACAUGACACGAGUGCUGGAGGUGGCAGCUGCGGAGGACAUCACUGGGCAUCCUUACAGCCUGGCCGUGACCUCCCCCGAAGGUGUCACCUUUGUUAAGGGCACGUGUCGAGAGGAAACGAGAUGGUGGGCUGACGUUCUCCAAGUCUAUUCGCGAAACAAAGGUCGACACAAGAGAAAUGCAACAUUUCCUGGCAGCCAGACGACGAUCCUUCAAGUUACACCGAACAUUCGAAGUAACACACCGAAUCCGCCUCGGCCUCGGUUCAAUAGCUGUCGAUCAGAACCUCGAAGCAAUGCCAUUUGGAUUUCAGAGACGACGGGGGUUGGUGGCUCUUCGGAGCUCUGUUCUCCCGUAUUUUCAUCGACGCCUUCUUUGAUUACCACCAGUGUGGUGACAAUGACGAGUUGUUCGACAAAUUCUUUGCUAAGCAACGGUAACGUAGACAGCAGCAACGUUUCGCCGUUACGAAGCAGUACUCCUUUGGAGAACGGUACGAAUGGCCCUUAUUUGACAUCGUCAUCGUCGUCAUCGUCGUCAUCGUCAUCAUCAUCAUCUUCAUCGUCAUCGUCAUCAUCAUCGUCAUCGUCAUCGUCGUCUGCGGCGGUAACAACGUCAGUUUCCAUCAACGGAAACGUCAUAGUCGUGAGCACGGCUUAUACGACGACACCAACGAGUACCGUCGUCGUUUCCUCCUUGAAUACGACGAUUUCGAGCACUUUGUCGAAUAGUUCUACUAUCACGUUAACAGAGAAACCACCAAUGAUACCCAACGAUGGUAAAACAACCUAUAGGGAUCAACCCGCCAGUGGAUCCUCUCCACCUACCAGAGACAAAUUGUGUGCCGAAGACAAGGCUAGACGCAGGUCGAAUCAUCAACAAGGAGAAAAUGGAUCCAGCGAGAAAUUAGACGACGAUGCUUGUCGAAGAAUAUUCUUAGAACACGAGAGAGAACGGGAAGGUAAAUUGCGGGACAUUGCCGCGUCGUUGACUCAACCACGAGUUCGCAGGAUCAAGCCUAGAACUUCAGAACCGACGAGGGACGUCGUAGAUGCCGCUAAUGCGGUACAUCGAGACAAACUUGUAAGAGGCGACCCCGACGGUUGUGGAUUAGAUAUUUCGACCAUUAGGUAUUCACCAACCUCCGAAUUAAGGGUCGAUUUACCAGCAGAAAAUGUACUAAACAUUAAGAAAGGUUGGCUAAUGAAGCAAGGUUUAAAUAAGGAAUGGAACAAGCAUUGGUUUGUUUUACGAGGUUGUGGCCUAAUGUACUAUAGAGAUCCUUGCGCGGAGGACAAGGGCAUCAUGGAUGGCGUUAUAGACUUGAAUACCGUUACUGCGGUUACGCCGUUGCAGGUUGCAAGAAAUUAUGGAUUUCAAACCGUGGCCUGGGAUGAAAGAGGUAGCACCGUUCUAUCCGCUGUGACAGCCGGCAUUAGAUCCAGCUGGAUGUCGGCUAUCAGAAGAGCAGCUAAUUUACCCGAUCCCGAUAACAAUGGGGAAUCCCUGCCAAUAUGUUCGGACAAUCAACAGGAUACUAAUCCUCAAUCACCUACAACGUCUAUCAACGAUCGUGAAAGGGAUUCGGUGAUUCCUCCGACUUCGAACACGCCCCGAUCGGUCCUGUUUUCCUCCGAUGAAGAAUACAGAACCGCAUCGGAAGGUGGACGGAGAGAAUCCGGUGACUGGUCGGAAAUUCCGGUUUCGCCCCCUCUUAUUAGAAACGGAGAUUGGUCUUUGCCUUUGAAGGGGUCUAACUGGUCAGAUACGACGAAUCACGAGUGGUCGGAAUUACCACCGUCGCCGCCCUUGACGAGAACGGCUCUUUCGAGGGUCAAGGCGAGAUCGAGGUCGAGUUCGAGAUCGCGAGUUUACAAGAGGAGUCGUAGUUCACCACCGAGUUCGCGACGAAGUACUCUCGAUAGUGUCAGAUCGGAAGAUCUUAUGAUGGCCUGUUGCGAGUUGGGAGAAGACGAGGAACAAAGCAACGGACAUAUUCAAAACAGCAGUCGUCUUUCCGGUUCGAAUGACAGUCCUUUAAUCGUCGAGCUCUUGGAGAACCAAGUCUCCCUCUUGCGCGAUCAACUCGAUCACAAUCAGCCUCAUCCGAGCGCAUUGCUAGUCAUCGUUGAACGUCAAGAAAACGAGAUAGAGAAAUUAAAGUCACAGUUAAACACGGCACGAAUAGACGUGGCCAACGCUGAGAAAGAAUUGUCCAGAUUGAGGCAGCAAAUGGCAGAGGCGGUAAUCAGGGAGAAACAGGUGGAAGAAUUGCUCGGCACGAUACAAAGAACGGAACAACAGAGGAACAAGGAUCUCGACGAUUUAGAGAAACUCAAGAAAGUCUAUUCAAGAGAGAAAGAGAUAUUAGAAUGUAAAUUAUUGGAAACCGAGGCUAUUCUUAGAGAAACGAGCGAACGAUGCGAGAUGCUUACGAACGAGUUGUCAUCGAGUCACGGAAACGUCGAACAUUUGCAGGAAGAAGUGCAGGCACUUGGUGAAAGACUCUCUCAAGGUAUCGAAGAAAACGAACGAUUAUACAAUAGAAUGAGAGAACUUGAAGAAAGAGGUGGCCUUUCCGGAUCUCGAGAACGGGGCAGAAGCUUUGAUUCUCUCAGCGAUCUAACCAAUAUAGAUUUGGACAUGGAUCUCAAUAUGCUGGACAAAGAGAGGAUCGUUGAAGAGUACGAUGAACUGCGAGUUCGAUUCGAGAAGGCCAUCUCGGAGAUACGUGCUAUGCGUAAAGAAUUGCGCGAAGCGCACUCGACGCAGGAUGCAUUAGAAUUGGAGAUAUUUGCUUAUAAGCAGGAUGCUAUCGGUGUGAGCGAGACGAAUCAAGCACAGGUUCAAUUGAUGGCUGCUCGUAUUCAAGAUUUAACCAACAAGCUAGCCGCCAGCGAAAAACAAGUCAGAACGCUCAAGCAGAAAUUGACGAAGGCGGAAACUAGGGACAAGAGGAGAUCGCUCUCCUUGAAGGGAAGAGAAUCUUUCCAGAUAUCUCAGGAAAUGGAAGAUAAGCUGUUGGACUUGGAAAAUAAGAUAUGCGCUAUAGAACGUGGUAAGAGCAUCGGUGGUGGUCCGAUUUCCUCCACCGGUGCUAGUUCGAAGGAAUCGAGUCCUACUUCGAAAAAAGAUAAAGAGAAAGAAAAGAAAAAGGAAGGGAAACAUUUGGAUCGUGCUAGAUUGCGUAGGAAGUCGUUGGACAGUGCGACCAGUUCAGAACCUAUGAAGGUGUUAAUCAGAUUAAGCACACUGGAAACCAAAGUUGCGAGCGUAACCGAAAACAUGGCCAGCGACGCGGAAAAAGAUUCGAGCGAAUGCAGUGAGGUGAGCGGUAGUGCGACGGCUUCCGCCGGUAACGAACUAUCCUUGGAAUUUCUCUCAAGAUUAAAGAAAUUGGAGAGAGUCGUGUGGAAGUCAAAACGACGAUUGGAAAAGUGUUUGGGCUCGACGCAAACGGAGGACAAAGCGGAGAAAUGCUUGCGCGAGGUCAACGAUAUUCUUGAUUCGUGCGUAGAGUGUAAGAAAGGCCAAGUCAGUGGUCAAAUCGGGGAAUCGGUAGGAAUAGUGGUAUGUAGAUUAGAGGCUAUACUUAAGGAUAAACUAAGUGAACUCACGAAGAGACGGCAAACGCUCGCAUCGAACGACCGCUUGGACGAUAGGGAGAAAGUCAAGUUGAUCGCCGAAAGGAUAGCAUUCGAAUCCGUGAUACUUGGACGAUUAAAGCGCGCGAUCGGCGGUACCUUCGGAGAUAAGAGCGCCGUUCUCGGUGAACUAAUCGAAACUAGUCAGCUUGCCUCAAGCUUAAAGCAUAAGAUUCAUGGAACCAAGCCCAAAACCUACCAAAACACGAAUUACAUGCAGUAUCUUUCUAAAGUCUUAGCAAAUAAGUUAGUUCUCGUAGGAGGCGUUAUCCCGGUUAAAACGGAGACAUCGCUACAACUUUGCAACGCUCGAAGCGAGAGCUUGAAUUUCUUGUUGCAAAAACAAAAGGAAGUCGAUGGUAUUGUUGGACGAUACAAGGAGACCAAAUUAAAAGAGCUGGCCCAGGCCUUGGCGAUCGAGACGCUUAAUUUGUCCGAUCAAGAUGAUCAUCCCGCGAAACAAAUAAACAUCUCGAGCAAAAAAUUGCUCGAAAACAAACGUAUACGCGAAGCUUGGGCUCUUGCUCAGGAAACGGUCAACAAGGAGCUUGUGCAAAGCGAGGUGUCACGCGUUAUCUUGCAUUGUGCGCAGAUCUACGAACAGGAUAUCUCGUCCGUCCUCGACACUUGUCUCAACUUCAACGAAGCUGGAUGGGUCAGCUUGGAGAACUGGGCGGACGAAACGCGAUCUAAAUUACGCCAAGAGAUUCAACUUUCUGUAGAUGAGUUAUCCGAAGUUUACGAAGAUUCCCUUCGAACGAUGAAAAGGAACAAGAGUUUUACCAAUGCGGAGUACGAUUCUCGUCAACUCUUGACGGAUUACGCUGACGUAAUUGCGCACAAAGCUUUAAUAGAUGCCAGAAUUGCUAUUCUACAAAAGAAUACGAAACCGUCAACCUCUUUUAAUGGACAAAGCGGUCAGAGUUUUCUAUCUAGUCUCAUACGAAACGAAGAUCUUCUCAAUCAUUUGACCGAGGAUAAAUCUACUAAUUUCGAUAACGAUCUUGUUCUCGAAGCAGAGUGCAAUUAUCUUUAUCAACAGUUUGCCGAAGAGUGCGAGGAGAAAAUAUCUGGUAGGCAAGAAUCGAAGGAACGACUUAAAACGAUAGGACAACAUUUAGGAUAUCUCGAGGAGGACAUUAGUGGACUCGCCAAAACAAUCAAAGAAAAAGCAAGCGCAUCGACCACCAAAAUGAUCUGUCAGUUUGAACGUUCAAGUAGCGGGCUGACAGAUUGGACAAAUGUUUGCGAAAAGUGUUCUCAUUUACGUGAACAAAUCAAAAGACUAGCCGAUUACAUCGAUCGUAUGUCCUGCAAGCAGUGUGAAGAGUUACAAGAAACCAUAAAGAGGCUAACGGCUCGUCACGAGGAAGAGCUGAAAACGCUCAAGAGAAAUCAGGAGAAAGACAUAAUGGACAUAAAGGGUGAACUCGAUAAUCAAAGGCAAUCCUUAAAGACGCAGUACGAGCAAGAAGCAGCUAAUCUACGAGAAAGGGCGAGAAAAUUGGAACAUAGAUUGAAUGCUAUGGAUUCUGAACAUUAUGCUCACGUAAAUGAACUGCGUGCCGUUUAUCAAAGAUCCAUAAGCGCAGAAUUGGAUACCGAUGCUGAGACGAGGAAAAGAUACAAGGAUGAGAUUAAGCACCUCAGGGCACUUUGUGAAAAAGGAUUGUUAGCCAUGGAAAAUUCGCAUCGACGUAUUAUUUCGGAAAUGGAAGAAAAGCAUCGACAGGAAUUGGAAAAUUUAAGGGUCGAAAAGGAGCAAGCUCUCUCGGAAGAAACUCAAGCGACUUUGGCUGCCUUGGAUGCCAUGAGAAAGGCGCACGAACACGAGGUACAGAAAGAAAUUGCAAAGUUCAAGCAAGAAUUCAUCAAGCAAAUGCAAGCUAGAGAAGAUAUCGGUGAACUGCACAAGGAACACGAGGAAGAGAUGGAAGAAAUAAAGCAAGAAAUUCUUUCGUUGUCCGCCAAAUAUUCAUCAAAAUGCGUCGAGUCUGCUGCUUUGGAGGAAAAAGUAGGUACUCUUACGAAGCAACUUGCACAAGCGCAACAACACAUAAUGCAGCUAGAUGCUAGGAAUAAGCAGUUGAGAGCCCAUUUUUUGGUCGAAUGUAGCGACGCUGGUAUCAACGAUACUAUUCAAAUUUUAAAAAGCGGAGAGAAUGACACAGUCGAACCGAAGGAGGAACUUUACAAGCUACCACAGCACAUAAAACAUGGGGACACCCUUCGUGAAACGACCGGUGUACCACAGAAAUCUUCGUCACUAAACACCUCGCCAGCGUACUCACCGCAGCGUGUAAGAAAUAAUCACGAAUCGAUGCAAGGAUCGAACGAGGAGCAGAAAUUAACGAGCGAACGCCCAAAAAGCUCCUUAUCCACGCUUCAAAAGUCCCUUUCGGCGGAUAAACCGAGCAGCUUCUCGUACAAGCUCGAGCGAAUUAAAUCCAUAUCGUUGCCUUACUCGAAUAAUUUAGUUAGGCCGGGGAGUAGUACUGCUAUUUCAUCGCACGAUAGGAAAGAUACGAUCUUAACGCAAAAGAACGAAGAACAUAAUGGCAUAGCAUCGCCAUUAUGGGACAGCUUAAGACCAAGGAGCGGAUUGCCCCAUCAGUAUCAAGGUGGCACAGCAGAGAUGCGAAUCAACGGUACUGGCAGUCGGAAACAGGAGGACAAACAAAGUAAAAAACAGCAACAAUCGGAGACAUACACCCUCCGUACCGACACUCAUCACCCAUCCUACCUCAGCCCGGAACCCCCAGCUCUCUCCGUUGCAGAGCUGAUGAGGAGGUCUCCAUUAUUGAGGUGGUCGAGCAGAAAUUGUCGUAGCUUGCCUCCUACACCUCUACCGAAUUAUCAUCAACCGCUCCACCCCCCACUCCCCGCGGUGGGCAUGGUUGCAGAGAGGAAGAAGCGUUUCGAACUUUAAACCCCCUGUCCAUCUUUCGCUUAAAUUACCGGAAUCAUCGAUUUGUACGCACGAGUCGCAUCAUCUUUUACGCUACGUAUCCAAACCGAUUUUACUAAAGCGUGUAAAAUUAAAUUGUUCUUUUAUUCGUAUGCUCAUUUGGUUUUUGCUCAUGCACAUUGUUUCCUUUUUUAACAAUGUGUUCUUUUCUUUUUUUUUUUUUUUAUUGUGAAGAGAUUCAGGAAUUGAAAUGCGUGAAAAUUCGACAUUUAAAAUGCGUUCCUUGUAAAUGUUAAUUCAAGGAUGAUUCAGGAUACGCUUACAUAAUUAGUAUACUUUGAUAAUGUGCAAUAAAUCGUGCUCAAGUACGUGCUUACCUUGUAUCGCAUCACUCUAUUGAGCAUGUUUAUAAGGUAAACAUGAUUCAAUAAUAAUAAUAAUAAUAAUAAUCGAAAGGAGUCUUUAGUCUCGUCUAGAAGGAAGUGGAUUCUUUACGCCCAUCUUCGUUCCAAGUGGCUUAUACUAUGAACGUUCAUUAUACGCCUAUUCGUACGAUAGGUUUGUUUUUGAUAAAGUUUAUCCAGAAAGGUGUUUUUCUAAUUACAUUCAUAUAUACAAGAUCGUCGCGAGGAUCAACGUGACGAUUGUCCUUUGAUAUGCAUUUAAACUUUGAUAACAAGUUUUUUCCGUAGAUACCAUUUAGUCACUUUGCUACAAACAACUUUGUAAUAUUUGAAAAGUGCUGUUCUUCGUUUUACUUAACACUUAGCUGACCGAACGGGAAGAUCUCCUCGUUUCAAUGUAGAUCGGUGCCCAAACCAACCGAUCGGGGAGAUCUUCCUCCCAUAUUGACCUUAGCAAUGCGUUUUUGUUUUGUUUUCGUUUAUUUAUCUAUAUAGUAAAUAAUUUUCAAACUACUUUGAUUUCAAAUACCGCAUAUCAGUUCGCGUCACUUGCGAAACCUGCGUGGUGGAAAUCAUCGUACAGUUCGCUGGUCAGCGCACGUGGUCGACUAAGUGUUAAGAAACAAAAAAAAAACAAAAAAGAAGAAGAAGAAGAAAAAUCUCAUUUUUUGGUGAAAAAACAAAUUUUUCUACUCUACAAGCUUGGUGCGAUAAUUAUAAACAAUUAAACGAAGAAAACGAGAGAGAAUAAUAAGGAAAACAUUCAGUCGCGAGUCAUAUACACAAGAAAAAUCAUUUCGUGAUAAUUGCUAUAGUAUAYAUAUAUAUAUCUCAACUAUAUCAACGCAUACGUAUCUCGAUACUUAAUCAUUCGAGAUAAUGACGAUACAAUCUAUUUGAAAAUAUCUGUUUUUCAGAUAUCUACCUAUUACACACAAACACACUUCUCAUUUUGAAAAAGAGUUAACAGUGAGUUUCAUUUUAGCUGAAGCACAAGCUCAUAUUUCUAUUGUUCUGUUGUAUGUUGUUUAUUUUGAUAUUAAAAAUCUGGCCGCCCUGUGUUAUGAACAUGUUUGUGAUCAUGACACGUAAUAAAAAUGUUAAUGUGCAAAAGGAGGGAUGAAGUAGAAAGAAAAAAAAAAA